UUUAUGGAGUAUGUGAAAAGUGAUCAAAACUCUGAUAAAGUAUUUAAAAAGUUGUUUGAAUUUUUAAAAGAAACUAAUAUAUUAUUAUUGCCGCGCUAGUGGCGUGUACCAAAUUUUUCAAAAGUUAGUUAGAAAGUCAACGUAUGAUUUGCGUAAUUGCAAUUUCUAACCAAUCGAAGUUUCCACAUAAUUGUGAUUUGCCUUUUUUAAUAGUGCGGAUGGGUCCAGAAUGAUUCAUUAAAACGUAAUAAAGAAUAUAUUAUGUUGCAAUGUCCAUUGUCAUGUACUCAUGAAUGUUAGUGUUUUUGAAUAACAAAAGAUUGUCUAUGUUAGUUGCAAUUAAAAAUAUUAGUAUGAUUUUGAGAGAAAAUCUAAUCCCUAAUAUGUAAUGUAGAGCUUACUCAAAUUUAAGGGGUCAUUUUCCAAAUCAAAAAAUAAUCCAAUGUAACUAGUUUACCUUUUGAAAUUUUAAUAUAUGUGUUAAAUAUAUGUAAAGAUAUUCUAUAUUGUAUAUUAGGAAAGUCAAUAUUAUGUUUUUAAGAAUUAGUGUACAUGCAUGAUAUUGUUGCUUUGUAUAAGGUGUAAUGCAUGCUCAUGAUCAUAUUGAUGAUGGAAUAUAUUGACCACUAUGUGAAUAAUAACAUUUGAGGAAAAUAUUCCAUUAUGGUAUCAGAUUUCUAGGGUAUUCUCACUAUCUUUUCUUCCGCCAGCACCCUAGUAGUCCAAAGUCCCUCGGGAGCUUUGUCAGGCUUUCAUCUGUCUUAUUCCUAAACAACACCCCCCUGAAAUGAUCAAACAUCUUUGCCUAAUUAGUCUUUGUAAUACGAUCGACAAACUCCUCAUGAAAGUUGUUGUGAAUAGGUUGAAAUCUCUUAUUCCUCAUUGGAUCUCACCAAACCAAAACAAUUUUAUAAAAGGGAGAGGUACGGACAUUAACCUUGUUGUAGCAUCGGAAAUUCUCUACUCGAUGCAUAAAAAGAAAGGAAAGUUAGGGUGGUUCGCCUUGAAAAUUGAUUUGGAGAAAGCCUAUGACCGGAUGGAGUGGAGUUUUGUGAGAUCAUGCCUUGAAACUCGAUCUAGAUGACAUGUCUAUUGAUUAAAUUAUGAGCUGCAUUUUCCAAUCGGCCUCGGCUAUCUUGGCAAAUGGGAGAGCUACAAAGGUUAUCAACCUCACUAGGGGGCUUAGGCAGGGGGGACCCCAUGUCACCGCAUCUUUUUAACAUUUGCCUGGAUUCAUUAACCCAAUUAAUAAACCAGGCUACUCAUGAUGGGGAAUGGACCCCCUUUUGGGUCGGGAAAGAUAAAGUCCAAGUGUCUCAUAUGAUGUUUGCCGAUGACUUGUUGUUAUUUGGUCGUGUUGAUGAAAACACAGCUUUUGCGGUUAGAAAUGUAUCAAAUCAAUUAUGUGAUAUUGAAUCCUCAUGAUCCAAUGGAGGAAUUUGCGGGGAAAAUAUAUGCAAUCUCGGCGGAGCAAACAGAAGCGUAUGCAGUUUUGAGGGCAAUGACAGACAUGGAAUGGAGAUGUUCGGAGCUGAUAAUCAAAACGGACAAUCAAGAAAUUAUCAGGGCACUUAAUAGUUCAGGAAAGACCAACAAGGACUUAGACCAUAUAAUCAAGGAUAUAAAAACUAUAGCUAAUAGUUUUGUUUUUUUAUGUUGUAAAAAAGUAAAAAGGGAGGAAGUCAUUUUAGCGCAUAAACUAGCUACAAUAGCUAGGAAAAGCUAAGUGUUCUCCUCCUAUUUCAUGCUUUUACCCAUUGUAAAAAAAAAAAAAAAAAUAAAUUAUGUGAGAUGUCAGGGCAAAAAGUUAAUGAACACAAGAGUCGUGUAGUUUUCUCUCCUAACACUCAGGAGGAGCAUAAAGAGCUCUUUCAAAACACUUUGAAUAUUGAGGAAAAUGAAAACUUGGAUCUCUACUUAGACAUGCCACUUUCACACAAAAGACCAACAAGAAGUCAUCAGGUCCAAUCUAUUGUUGACAAAGUGAAACAAAAAUUAUUAGCUAGGUGGCGGAAAAUAAAUUACCUUUGAUAAGUCAGGUGGCUUUGCUUAAUAUCAUCUACCCUUUCCACUAUCCCCGUUUAUUAUAUGCAAGCAACUUAUUUAAGAUAGAAUAUUUAAAAAAAACUAAUAAAAUUAAGUAUGAGAUUUAUGAAUAAUAAUAUAUUUAAUAAUUAUAACUGACUCAAAACAUUACAAAAAUUGCAUAGUAUAAGGUUUGAUCCCGAAGCCUCAAGUACAUAUACUAACAAAGUCUUAACCACCAGACUAAAUUGUUAUUAUUAUUAUAAAAUACUAUAUUAAUAAAUAAAUUUUUUCUUAUCCGGAAAAUAAUUCGGACCUAAUAAUUAGUUUUAUCUUUAACACGAGGAAAGUUGAGGACUAUCAAAUUAAUUUCCUCAUUACAUUUUGGCAUUAUCCCGCAAUAGUAUGAAAUUGACCCAGCUCAAUAUUGGUUCCAAGUCUAAAUAAAAGGCAUCAUAAAAAAAAAACCCAUAAACCCUAAAACCAUGAACACAUUCUAGCUUUACCGCAAUAAUAAACCCCAAAACCCUAAAACCCUAAAACUCUAAAACCCUAAAAACUACAAACCGACACAAAAAAACCGUAAUCCCCAAGUAAAAACAUAUUAAUAUCAAAUCAACUUAACUAUAUAUACUUACAUAUAAAACUCCCCUGUUUUCUCAAAAUCACAAACAAUAAUUCCCCUGUUUUUUCACAAAGAUGACUAACUGGUCAGAGAUGAACGAAGACAUCUUAUCUCUCAUCAUCACCAAAUUAAAAAACCCAUCACAUCACAUUCAAAUCUCAUCCGUCUGUUCUUCUUGGAGAUCAAUCGCACUAAAAUUUCGGUACACCUUAUCACACCCAAUCCCAUCUAUUAUGGUUUCUCUUCCUCAACACCCUCAUCAACGUACAUUCAUCAAUUUCCUCGUUAAUCCUCCACCGUUUGAUCAUUCUCAUCAAUAUCACACCAUCCCAUCUUCUUACACGUGUAUUGGGUCCUACCUAGGUUGGUUAGUCCUCACUGUACACGAUAAAAACUCAAUCUUUCUCUUUAAUCCUUUCAUCAACAAAUUUCGUUCACUUCCUAAAUUACAAAAAGAAAAAGUUAUAAAAGCUGUGAUUUCUUGUUCACCUUCUAUUGACUCGGAGUGUGUCGUUUUGAUACUGUUCAGUAAACAAGGUGCUGCGUUUUGUAGAGUUGGGGAUGUUUCUUGGACUAAUUUUGACCAUUUCUUUGAUGAAAAUGAAUGUGAGUUUUCUGAUGCUCUGUUUUUUGAAGGAACAUUUUAUUUAGUUGAUGAGUAUGGAAAGAUUUACACGUGUAAUCUUGAUAUUGGUUUGAUACUAGAGAUUUCUUUUCAACCGUCUGAUUUAACCAAGAUUAGACAUAAAUAUUACUUGGUUGAAUUUGAUGGGAAACUUUGUAGGGUAUUUCGAAGGUUUUCAUUUAAUGAAAGUUUUUACUAUGAAAAUAAUGUCAUCAAUGAUGAUAAUAAUGUUGUUAAUAAUAAUGGUUAUGUGACCCGAGAGUUUCGCAUUUGUAAAAUGGAUCCGGGUAAGAGAAAUUGGGUUGGUGUUGAUAGUAUUGGAGAGUAUGCUAUGUUCUUGGGUAUGAAUAAUUCGAUUUGUAUAUCAGAAGUCGAAGUUGGGGGAAUAAAAGGGAACCGAAUAUAUUUUACUGAUGAUAGACAAAGGAAUGUUAAGCAUUUUGGGUUUAUUUGGCCUGGAAAAGAUGUGGGUAUUUAUGAUUUGGAUGAUUCGAGUUUUCAAAUGCUUUGUGAGACACAAUGUGAAUGGUUAAAGGAUCCGUGUGCAAUAUGGGUUGCCCCGUUACCUUGGUAGAGAUUUGUGAAUUGAAGGAAUAUAUAAAGAUUUUGGUACAUAUAUAAUGUUGAAAGUUUGUUUUUUUUUUUUGGGUGUGUAAUUUAGGAAGAUUCUUUUGUUAUUGUAGAAAUAUGUUGGCAUUCUUAUUUUGUUGCAUGAGAAAAUAACAGUGAAGAAGUGGAAUAAUGGAAACUAAUGUUUUGUUUCUUAAUUUUUGAAGAUUGUAAUAUAGAAGUAUUUUUCUUUCCAAUGGGGUGUGUGGCUAAUAGAUACCACUAUAAUAAAUGCUAUUCGAUUUAAAUAGAUGUUACAAAAAGUUUCACUUCA